AUACCUUCAAAAAACUCGCAGCUGGCUCAACACUGAAAAAGGGAAUGGCCAAGUCACCUUCGCUACCUUUCUUCAUGAUCUCCGCCGUCGCCACCAUUCUACUGGCGGCGAGUAUGGUGGUCGCCGGCGGGGACAGCCUCAUGGCGACAGGGUGGGUAACGGGCCCACACUGCAAGGGCUCCAUCGCUGAGUGCCUGGAAGGUGAAGAAGGUGAGGAGUUCGAGCUGGAUUCCGAGAUCAACCGGCGCAUCUUAGCUGAUACUCGCUACAUCAGCUACGGCGCUUUGCGGAAGAACACCGUCCCGUGCUCUCGACGCGGCGCUUCCUACUACAAUUGCCGACCAGGGGCUCAGGCUAACCCUUACAACCGUGGUUGCAGCGCCAUUGCAAGGUGCCGGGGCGGUUAAACUUCAAUUUCUUUUUUUCUUUUUUUGUUUAAAUUGGUCAUUGUGGUUCACUGUAGUUGUAAUUGUGAGAAUUGAUGAAUAUACAAUCAAUGCUUCUGAAUAAUAAUACUGCUAUUUAAUUUGGAUUUGA